AGCAAUAUUUGUGACUUAUAAAACCGAAAACAAAGAAAAAAACUUUCAAGAACUUUCUAUAAAGGAUUUGAAAAUGUUGGUUUUACCAUAUAUUCUCUUUAUCAUCUUUACAAGACAAGGCGGCUGCGAAUCGGCAAGAAAAGAUGCCAGAGGGCCUAUCUUCCGAAAUGAGCCUCCUUCUAGAAUCGAAUUUUCGAAUAGCAGUGGCACAGAACUCAGAUGCAAUGCCGACGGAAUCCCAACUCCAAGGAUCACUUGGCAGACCAGAGAUGGCACCGCUGUGAAAGACGUGCCAGGAUUGAGGCACAUGAGAUCAGAUGGCACUUUGGUAUUCCCGCCUUUCUCGAAGCCCGAUUACAGGCAGGACGUGCAUGAUACAGUGUAUCAGUGCUUGGCUUCGAACAAUGUCGGGACGAUCCUUAGCAGGGAAGUUCAUGUUAGAGGGGUGAUGAAGCAGCACUUCACACCUCAAGUGUUUGAUGAUUUCGUCGUGAGAGGCAACACUGCAGUCCUGAAGUGCCAUCUGCCGUCUUUCGUCCGAGAAUAUGUCGUCGUCGACUCUUGGAUCCGAAAUGACGGUCAUAUACUGAAGAUAACGGAAAACAAAGCCCGAUCAUACACCGUUUUGAGAUCCGGAGAGCUCCUGAUCCACGAAAUCCAGGAGAAAGAUUCGAACUGGAGUUACCGAUGUCAAACCAGGCACCGGCUUACGGGUGAAAUGGUUACGAGCGUCAGCUCUGGAAAAAUCAUUGUCACAGAAUCCCACGCCUCAACACUGCCCAGAGUUACAUUCCACCAGGCCCAGGUGCGAUCCGAAGAGGGGUCUCCGGCCCAACUACCUUGCGUGGCCCAGGGGAACCCGCCCCCCUCCUACAGAUGGAUGAAAGAGGGGUUGAACGGAGUUUUGAGACCUGUGAAGGAAGAUGGACGUAUCUGGGUAAGUCAAGGAACCCUCAACAUAAAGAAAGUGACCCACUCUGACGGCAGUAAAUACCAGUGCAUUGCUCGCAACAGUAUAGGCGAGCGAAGAAUUGAGAGUGCUUUGAUUGUAACAGCUCCGCUAGUUGUCCACUUACGACCUCCCUACCAAGUCCUGAAUAUUGGACAAGAGGCCACAUUCAAUUGCAAUGUGACUGGCUAUCCUGUCCACACUGUGACGUGGAAGAAGGACCAGCGCCAACUGUCUGCUUCCAGUCGUGUCAGACUGUUGUCACGUGAUGUGUUGCACAUAUCCUCGGUUCGCAGAGAAGACAGAGGCAUGUACCAAUGCUUUGUAUUCAAUGACCUUGAAGGGGCCCAGGGAACAGCCGAACUCAAGAUAUCUGAUGUCGCCCCCACUCUCAUAUCAGUGUUUCCGGAACACACGGCUCAUCCUGGAGACUCGAUAUCACUGAAAUGCAUUUCAACCGGAAACCCUGUCCCAAGUGUCACGUGGUUUGUCGACGAUUCCAUUGUAGGCCUGAGUCCUCGAAUAACCGCCGGCGAUUACGUCAACGACGCCGGCCACGUCAUCAGCUUCAUGAAUAUCACCGACCUUCGGGUCGAGGACAGUGGCGAGUACCAGUGUCACGUGGCCAAUGACGUCGGCUCUACCUACCAUGCCAGCAGACUUAAUGUGUAUGGACUUCCUUUCGUGAGAAGGAUGCAGAAUAUAACGGCUAUAUCGGGUGAAGAUCUGGUGAUGAGGUGUCCGUAUGGUGGUCAUCCGAUCAAAGGAAUCAGAUGGCUGAAAGAUGGUAUUUAUCUUCCACUGAAUCACCGACAGAAAAUCAACCACGGUGGAAGCCUCACACUUCAAACUGUUGAGCGGAUGGCAGAUGAAGGCGAAUACAGUUGUGUAGUCCGAGACGCCGAUGGCACCACGGCAACUGCUUCGACAUUUGUAUCAGUCGUUGUCUCACCUGUCAUAGAUCCACACUUCUUCCGAGACAGUGUGGUAACUGAUGAAGGGUUGCGCACGAAAUUUAUGUGUGUUGUCGUCAAAGGUGACCCACCUCUCCGUUUUCAUUGGCUGAAAAAUGGACUGCCAUUCCUGGCACACGGUGACACGACAGUUCAGACAUUUGAAGAUUCGUCAAUCGUGACCUUCAAAAGAGUAUCAUCCAGCGACAGAGGACAUUACACUUGCAUAGCAUCCAACAUGGCGUCGUCAACAAAUCUCACUACACAGCUAAUAGUCAAUGUGCCCCCUCAAUGGACAGUUGAGCCGAAAAACAUAUCUGUUGUCCUUGGCAACACUGUUUGGAUGGAUUGCGCAGCUGUUGGAUUUCCUGCUCCUAAUAUUCUGUGGAAGAAGAUGAUAUACACUGAGAGCACUGCCGGGGAUUUUACGUACGUUCAUUCCAGCCCACGGGCUCAUCGCUACAACAACGGUACAUUAGUUCUAUCUGAUGUGGAAGAAAGUGAUUCCGGAUCCUACUUAUGCCAAGCAAGUAAUGGUAUUGGCGCUGGACUCAGCAAAAUCAUCACCUUGAAAGUUUUAGUACCUCCUAGAUUCAAAGAACCUUAUCAAACCAAGACGGUCGUUGAAGGAUCGGACAUAAACGUAAGUUGUAGUGCCGUGGGUGACCCACCGAUAAUUAUCAAGUGGAUGAAGAACAAAGCAAUACUGGAUGCUAAGAAAAAUUCCAGGUAUUCCAUAAAAGAAAUAUCUGCCAAGAUGCAAACGAUGUCUGAGCUUCGGGUCGCAAAUUCAUCCCGGAAUGACACAGGCAUCUAUACUUGCUCAGCAACCAGUGAUAUUGGCGCCGAUGAAGCUGUCAUAAAACUGAUCGUACAAGGUAUACCGGAUGCUCCAACAAAUGUGACCGUCAUGAAUAUAACGAGCAGGUCUUUCUCACUUCAUUGGGAAGUUUUGGAUAAUGGCAACAGUCAUAUCACUGGAAGUAUUGUCCAAUACCAGACUCAUUCAGAUACUGAAUGGAAUGGCCAAACAUCUCAACUAAUCGUUUCUAGUGCCGAAACUGUUGCCACAUUGCGAGGAUUAACUCCUGUCACCACUUACUACGUGAGAAUCAUAGCAGAAAAUUCAUUGGGUAAAAGCAAACCCAGUGAAGUACUUGAAGUAUCGACGGAAGAAGAAGCACCCUCCGGAAGUCCAACAGAAGUGCAUGUUCAUUCAACUGGAGCUCAGUCGAUGAAGGUCAUGUGGAAACCUCCUCCAGAAGAGACAAGAAAUGGAGCCAUCAAAGGCUACUACGUAGGGUAUAAAAUGUCAUCUGGUGAGGACACCUAUACUUUCAAACAAGUGGAAAAAUCAGCAAAUGAGCAACAAUCCACAUACAUAACUGGUCUUCAGCCUUUCACUGAAUAUGACAUUGUAAUUAAAGCUUAUAACUCAGCUGGAGCUGGUCCCGAGUCGCUUCAAAUAAUGAGAAAGACUUUGGAAACAGCUCCUCCAACUUCUCCAAUAGUUCAGAUUUUAUCGACAACUUCUUCCUCAAUCGAAUUUAAAUGGGAGAAAGAUGCCAAGGAUAAAUCGGCUAUUACAGAAUACAUGCUGCACUACAAAUCAGAUAAUGGAGAUUGGGAACAACUGCGUCUAAGUAACAAACAGGACCAUUAUUCGCUUGAUGGUCUAAAGUGCGGUACACGGUAUCAUAUGUACAUGACGGCUUCGAACAGUCUGGGAACUGGUGAACCAAGUGAACAAGUAACAGCUCGGACUCUCGGAGCAGCUCCCAUGUCGCCACAUGAAUCCUCAUUUCUUCAGCCGAACACGACUUCUGUGACCUUGAACCUAGGUGCCUGGCAAAGUGGAGGCUGUCCCAUUCGUCAUUUUGUUGUCCAGUAUCGUCCGAAGUACUUGAAUGCAUGGACUACACUCACGGACAAGCUGGACAUGCCCAGAGAUACUUACGUCAUCAGAAGCUUGUCAUCUGAUCGAGAUUACGUUGUCUUAGUAACAGCUCAUAGCGAGGCUGGAUUAACUCAAGCCGAAUACUUAGUCCGAACGUUACCGGUCUCAGCUAUAGUACCUACGUCAUCUCCUGCAUUUGGGAAAAGAGAAACUGAUUUACCAUUUUACAAAAACGUUACUCUGGUCAUUCCCAUUGUGGUGUCUUCUCUUGUGCUAGUCAUCGUGAUUUUCAUUGUGGUGGUGUGUCUCCGCAAGCACUCAGAAGACAGAGAUGGAAGAAUGGAUUAUGAAAACAGAAAAGAUGCAUUGAUGAUGAAGGAUUUGAAUAAGCAAAUAAACCUCAAAUCUGCGAAACCUUCGCAUUAUUCUUGUCCUACAGGAAAUAAGGGUGACUAUGCUGAGCCAUACACGUGCAUAGAUUCAGUUACCACGAGACAGCAGGCAUCAGAUGGGCUCUUUGCAACUAUUAAACGUUGUCCCACUAGGCCAGUCUACAUGUCAGGUUCGUACAAUAAGGGAACCAACUCGUCUCAAGGAGGUAGCUUCGCAUGUCAUCCGGUAGGCAGCGCUCCCAAUCAGAAGAUUCCAAAUUCGGAGAGUACCGAGCACCCUGAUACCGCUGCCGACAAAUGGAGCGGCAAUACGCAAUCCAACAGUAGUCACAAACCUGUGCGAUGACAUUCUUACAUCAAUCUAUUCAUCACUUCAUCUUAAGUAAUUUAAAUGUCAUCGAAAUUUUUACAUUCAGUGUGAAUGUGUGAAAAGCCCUGCCAAAACCGAAUUUUUAUUCUAGUCAAUCAAAAUAUGUAAA